CAGCAUGAAACAGUGUCUCCAGCAGCAGUUCUGACUGGGGAAGAAGUUGUAUGUUUGUUGCUCGUUUCAUUUGCAGGCUAGUCCUCAAGUAGAGUCACUCCUCAGCGAUUCUUUCAAAUUCACACUUGAAAUUGUUCUACUCCUGCUGUCGUGAGAAUUAUGGCAUUAACAAACGAAAAAUAUUUUUCGAAAGCAUUUCACAUCCGUUGACACCUACAUACAACUUCAACAAGCCCAUGACUCAAAAAGGAGCAUCUGAGGGCCAAAAUUAUCAAGCUCUCUCAUGGAGAUGAAGGCACAUUACGAUUCUCUUCUGGAUCGAAGCAAACGCAUUGUGUGGCAGGACGACUGCUACGUGGAUCUCCAGUCUACGUCCUGCUCCAACUCUUCACAAGCAGAAACAGAGGAUCUUGGCUGGAUCCAAAAGCAUCGAGACCAGCUGAAACGCUUCAGUACGAGCUCCUUCCUGGAGGGGAUGUUCACCCACCUGAGAAAGGUGGAAGUGCUGACUUCAGCUGAGGAGACCAAGAUCAAGGAAGCAGGCCAGCUGCAAGACCAAGUUAACAUGCUCACAACCUUUGUCUCUGGCAAGGAUACUCAAGGCUCUGAUGCCCUCCGGGGCUUCAUAGAGAGCUCAGAUUCUCAUGUGGCCCAGCUCAUCAUAAACUACGAUUCCAUGGUGAAGGAGCACAAAGAGGUGCUGUUACAGCGAUAUGAGCAGUACAGAGACAGAGAUUCAGUCAGCUGCCCCAAGCUGAACAUCUCCUCAAGAACCUUACUUCUGGUCGAUGGACUUUCCGACCUCCAGCAAAAAGAACACGACUUAAUGCAGGUGGGGGUGACUCGAGGAAGGAAAAGAAAUCAUCUCAGACAGCUGGGGCUGGCCAAACUCUGGGAGCCCCUGACCCGGGUCAGUUUGCCUCCCAGGGUCUCACUCACGGUCGGGGUGGCUGGUAUCGGCAAGACAACCUGGGUCCGACACUUCAUCAGACAGUGGAGCCAGGGGGCCAUCUGCACAGAUGUGAGCUUCGUCUUGCCUUUCACUUUUUGCGAGCUAAACUCAUUGGAGAAGCUUUCUGCGGAGAGGCUGGUGAAAAUUGCUUUUCCUCAUUUAACGGAUCCCAGUCUGGUCCUCAGCAGCUCCUGCCGCACACUGCUCAUACUUGAUGGUUUGGAUGAAUUCCGCUGCUCUUUAAAUUUCUCUGAUGCAGCUCCUUGCAGCGACCCAAAGAAAGAAGUGCCCAUUGAUGACCUUGUUACUAACAUCAUUCGGGGGAAUCUGCUCCCUGACAUAGCAGUGUGGCUGACGUCCAGGCCAGGAGUGGCCUCACUCAUCCCUGGAGGAUUGGUUGACAGGGUGACUGAGAUCCCAGGAUUCAGCCCGAAGGACAUCCAGCUCUUCCUAAGCCAUCAUUUCUCUGAGAGGGAUUUUGCCAGUAAAAUAUGGGCACACUUGGAAUCCAAUAAGAUCUUUAUGGUGAUGUGCUACAUACCAUGCAUUUGCUGGAUAGUAGCUGAUACUCUGAUGUACAUAAUGCAGAGUGGUACACAAGAGAGCCUUCCAAGGACUUGUACUGAGCUGUAUGCUCACUUUUGUUCCAUGAAGGCAGAAGUAGGUGAACCAAGAGGCAGGGAGCCUGUAAAAAUGGAGCAGCUCCAUGGGAGCAAUCGUAAACUGCUGGGAAAUCUUGGACGACUGGCAUUUUAUGGGCUCCUCAAACACAAGUACACCUUCAGUGAGCAGGACCUCAGGGCCUAUGGGAUAGAUCUACUGUUAACUCAGUGCAGUCUUGGUGCUGGAGUUCUUGUUCGGGAGGAGUCGCCCAUAUACACAACAUACCGGUUCACUCAUUUGACUCUGCAGGAGUUUAUUGCAGCUAUUUACUACCAUGUCUCCUCUAAGCGGGCCAUCUUUGACUUAUUCUCAGAAAGCACAAUGUCUUGGCCCAAGAUCGGUUUCCAGAACCACUUUAGAAGUGCCUUUCAGCAUUCACAACAGGCUGAAGAUGGUCACUUGGAUGUGUUUGUGCGCUUCCUGACAGGCCUGCUGUCCUCAGUGGCACUGAAACCUCUCGCUGGGCUUCUAGCCCUCGGUAAAGAAGAUGGCAACCAGAAGGCAUGGGCAGCAGGGUUUUUACAAGGCCUCUUGGUCAGCGGGGGAGCUGUUGUGUCCCUACGUGCAGUCAACCUGGCUUAUUGUUUACAGGAGCUGCAACACACAGAGCUGUUGCGGAGUGUAGAGGAAGAUUUACAGCUUGGUAGCCUGGCAGGGAAGUUAACACGGGCUCACUGUGUUGUGCUGGGCUACCUGCUGCAUG